UUAUCUAUGACUUCUCUGAUCUUUGCUUCUUUUUUAGAUACACUGUUAUCCUUAAUUGAUUUCCCUGAUUAUCAGCCCUCUUUUGGUAAUGUUUGAUUUACCCCUCAGCAAAUAUGGAAGACUGAUUCCUGACAUUCUUAGACAUUCUGUGCUGCGUUUCCUAAGCCUGAUAUCCCUUUUCAAAGAUGCCGUUUGGUACACAUUCAGUAGAGUGCUUGUUCCAAAAGUUAUGCUAGGGAUAUAAGAUUAAUAUACAAUCUCUGUUCUCAAAGAGCUUUCAGUCAGGAAGGGACAGAAAUACAGUACUUAGAAUAAUCUGUGAUGAGUUUGGGGUUAGAAGUAAGGGAAAAGUGCUCUGGGAGUACAGAGGAAGGAGAGUAUAAUUUGUUGGGGCAAGGGUUGGAGCUGAUAAGAAAGGCUUCCUGGAGGAGGUCCUACUUGAACUAAAUCUAGAAGUAUGGUUAGAAGUCAUUAGUAGAGAAAGGGAACCUUAUGUUCCGAGGAAGGAAUCAGGACUGCUACAUUAAGAGAGACAAAUCGUAUAAUAUGACUGGUCUAGUGUGUAAUUUGGAGAAGAGUGGGAUGAGAUUAGAGAGAUAGAGGUCCAGUUGUUAAGGAGUUUGGAUUUAACCUAAUAGUUGGAAAUUUUAUACAAUUUUAAGUAGGAUAGCAACGUGAUUAAAUGUAAACUAUAUAAAGAACAGUGUAGGUGGUUGAGAUCCCAGGAAAAUAUCAAGUAUCUGGUUAUUGCAGUGGUUCAGGGGAAAAUUGUUAGGGGCUGAGCAGAGGGAGUGCCAUAGCUUCAGAGAGGAAAGAACUAGUUUGAGAGAUACUUAAAUAGUAGGAUAGAUAGGACUGGGUGGCAAGAUGUAGAGAGGAGAAUUUCAAGGAUGACUCAAGAUUUCUAAUUUUGCAUUGUGAGAAUGGAUGAACAUAGCCUUUGGAGUCAAGCAUGCCAAGCUAUUGUGCUGAAAGCUAGAAUGAAACAGUUGCCUGCAGCAACAGUUCGCCUACUUUCAAGCUCUCAAAUAAUCACUUCAGUGGUCAGUGUUGUAAAAGAGCUCAUUGAAAACUCCUUGGAUGCUGGUGCCACAAGCAUAGAUGUUAAACUGGAAAACUAUGGAUUUGAUAAAAUUGAGGUGAGAGACAAUGGUGAGGGCAUCAAGGCCAUCGAUGCACCUGUAAUGGCAGUGAAGUACUACACCUCAAAAAUAAGUAGUCACGAAGAUCUUGAAAAUUUGACAACGUAUGGUUUUCGUGGAGAAGCCUUGGGGUCAAUUUGUUGUAUCGCCGAGGUUUCAAUUACAACAAAGACAGCUGCUGAUAACUUUAGCACCCAGUAUGUGUUAGAUGGUGGUGGUCACAUAAUUUCUCAGAAACCUUCACAUCUUGGUCAAGGUACCACUGUAACUGCUUUACGAUUAUUUAAGAAUCUACCUGUAAGAAAGCAAUUUUACUCAACUGCUAAAAAAUGUAAAGAUGAAAUAAAAAAGAUCCAAGAUCUCCUUAUAAGCUACGGUAUACUUAAACCUGAUGUAAGAAUUGUUUUUAUACAUAACAAGGCAAUUAUUUGGCAGAAAACUAGAGUAUCAGAUCAUAAAAUGGCUCUCAUGUCUGUUCUGGGGACUGCUGUUAUGGGCAAUAUGGAAUCCUUUCAGUACCACUGUGAAGAAUCUCAGAUUUUCCUAAGUGGAUUUCUUCCAAAGCAUGAUGCAGACCACUCUUGCACAAGUCUUUCAACCCCAGAAAGGAGUUUCAUCUUUAUAAACAGUCGACCAGUACACCAAAAAGAUAUAUUAAAGCUAAUCCGACAUUAUUACAAUCUGAAAUGUCUAAAGGAAUCUACUCGUUUGUAUCCCAUUUUCUUUCUGAAAAUUGACGUUCCAACAGCUGAUGUAGAUGUGAAUUUAACGCCUGAUAAAAGUCAAGUAUUGUUACAGAAUAAGGAAUCUGUUUUAACCGCUCUUGAAAAUCUGAUGAUGACUCGUUAUGGAUCACUACCUAGUACAAAUUCUUAUGAAAGUAAUAAAGCAGAUGUUUCCUCAGCUGACAUGGUUGUUAGUAAAACAACAGAAACAGAUGUGCUUCUUACUGAGAUGGAAACAUCUGGAAAUAAUUAUCCAAAUGUUGAUACUUCAGCCAUUCCUUUCCAAAAUGAUGUGCGUAAUGAUAAAUUUGGGGAAAACACUAAUUAUUGUUUAAAUCAUCAGGUACAUAUUGGUGACCAUUAUGAUGAUCAUCUUAAUAGUGAAAAUUCUAGCAUUGAUAAGAAUGAUGGAAAUACAUUUAAAGAAAUCCCAAAGAAUAAUUCAUCAUGUGAGGACACCCAAGUGGAGUAUAGUCAAACUUGGUCUGUGGAUUCUGUUGAGCAAGCCCAAUCAGCAAAUGGCAGUGAAGGCCAUAGAGAUGAGAGUGGGAAAAAGGAAGAAGCAGCAGUUCCUGAGAAGUCUGUGGAAAUUUGUGUAGAUGACUGGAGUAAGGGAAAUAUGCUUAAUUCUAGAGGAGAAAACAUUGAACCUGUGAAAAUUUUAGUGCCUCAAAAAAGUUUAGUGAGUAAUGUAAGUAGUAAUAAUAGUAAUACAAGUCCUGAACAAAAGAAUCUCUGUGAAAGUUCCUGUAACAAAAAAUCAAAUGUGGUAGAUAACAAAUCUGGACAGCUUACAGCUUAUGAUUUAAUUAGCAAUCGAGUAAUCAAGAAGCCCAUGUCAGCAAGCGCCCUUUUUGUUCAAGAUUGUCGUGCCCAGAUUCUCACAGACAAUCCCAAGACCAGCUUGGAAGAUGCAGCAGUGCAAAGUGAAGAACUGUGGAAGACAUUGAGUGAAGAGGAAAAACUGAAAUAUGAAGAGAAAGCUACUAAAGACUUGGAAAGAUACAAUAAGCAAAUUAAGAGAGCCAUUGAACAGGAGUCACAAGCAUUAAAAGAUGGCAAAAAAAAGAUGAAACCCACCAGUGUUUGGCAUUUGGCACAGAAGCACAAGUCGAAAACUUCACUAUCCAAUCAGCCAAAACUUGAUGAGCUCUUUCAGGCCCAAAUUGAAAAAAAAAAGAACGAAAACAUUAAAAUAGUUCAGAUCUCCUUCUCUAUGGAAAACUUAAAAAAGAAUUUUGAUACACAGAAGAAAUUUGACUCAGAAGAAAAGGACGAGUUUUGCUUGAUCCAUAAUCUCAAGUUUCCUGACGCAUGGCUAAUUACAUCCAAAACAGAGAUAAUGUUGUUAAAUCCAUACAGAGUGGAAGAAGCUCUGCUAUUUAAAAGGCUUCUUGAGAAUCACAAACUUCCUGCAGAGCCACUGGAAAAACCAAUUAUAUUAACAGAGAGUCUUUUUAAUGGAUCCCAUUAUUUAGAGAUUUUACAGAAAAUGACAGCAGAUGACCAGAGAUACAGUGGAUCAAUUUACCUGUCCGAUCCUCGUCUUACAGCAAAUGGUUUCAAGAUAAAAUUGACACCAGGAGUUUCCGUUGCUGAAAACUACUUGGAAAUAGAAGGAAUGGCUAAUUGCCUUCCAUUCUAUGGAGUGAUGGAUUUAAAAGAAAUCCUUAAUGCUAUAUUAAACAAAAAUGCAAAGGAAGUUUAUGAAUGUAGACCUCGCAAAGUGAUAAGUUAUUUAGAGGGAGAAGCAGUACGUCUGUCUAGACAAUUACCCAUGUACUUAUCAAAAGAGGACAUCCAAGAUAUUAUCUACAGAAUGAAGCACCAGUUUAGAAAUGAAAUUAAAGGGUGUGUUCAUGGUCGCCCAUUUUUUCAUCAUUUAACCCAUCUUCCAGAAGCUACAUAAUUAUGUUUAAGAAAAUUUGUUACUAUUGAAGUCAAUAUGAUCAUAAAAUAAUGAAUCAGGUUUAAACUAUCUGUGUACUAUCAUGUGUUAAAUGGUUGUUUUGUAAAUAAGGAAUCACUGGCCUGUUUGUAUAUUGAAAAAAUUUUUUUAACUCUGAAAAAUUAAUAAAUUAAUAUAGACUAUU